CUUGCAGCUCCUGGGUAACAGAGCCGCCUUCUGCGUCCUGUCCUGCUCUGCUCUUUCUCUCCAGCACCUCCCGACCGCUAGUGCCCGCUACUCUUGCUCCACCAGGAACAAGCCAUCAUGUCUCGCCAGUCGAGCGUGUCCAUCCGGACCGGGGGGCAGCGUGGCUUCAGCACCGCCUCUGCCAUCAUCCCGUCUGUCUCCCGCACCAGUUUCACCUCCGUGUCCCGGUCCGGGGGUGGUGGCGGCGGCGGCUUUGGCAGGGUCAGCCUUGGGGGUGCUUGCGGCGUGGGUGGCUAUGGUAGCCGGAGCCUCUACAACGUGGGGGGCUCCAGAAAAAUCUCCAUCAGCACUAGCGGCGGUGGCUUCAGGAACCGAUUUGGUGCCGGUGCUGGAGGCGGCUAUGGCUUUGGCGGUGGAGCCGGGAGUGGAUUUGGUUUUGGCGGUGGAGCUGGUGGUGGCUUUGGGCUCGGUGGUGGCGCUGGCUUUGGAGGCGGCUUUGGUGGCCCUGGCUUCCCCGUCUGUCCCCCCGGAGGCAUCCAAGAGGUCACCGUCAACCAGAGUCUCCUGACUCCCCUCAACCUGCAAAUCGACCCCACCAUCCAGCGGGUCAGGACCGAGGAGCGGGAGCAGAUCAAGACUCUCAACAACAAGUUUGCCUCCUUCAUCGACAAGGUGCGUUUCCUGGAGCAGCAGAACAAGGUCCUGGACACCAAGUGGACCCUGCUGCAGGAGCAGGGCACCAAGACCGUGAGGCAGAACCUGGAGCCUUUGUUCGAGCAGUACAUCAACAACCUCAGGCGACAGCUGGACAGCAUCACUGGGGAGAGAGGCCGCCUGGAUGCAGAGCUGAGGAACAUGCAGGAUUUGGUGGAGGACUUCAAGAACAAGUAUGAAGAUGAAAUCAACAAGCGUACCACCGCCGAGAAUGAGUUUGUGAUGCUAAAGAAGGAUGUGGAUGCCGCCUAUAUGAACAAGGUGGAGCUAGAGGCCAAGGUCGAUGCAUUGAUGGACGAGAUCAACUUCUUGAAGGUGUUCUUUGAGGCGGAACUGUCCCAGAUGCAGACACAUGUCUCGGACACGUCCGUGGUCCUGUCCAUGGACAACAACCGCAGCCUGGACCUGGACAGCAUCAUCUCCGAGGUCAAGGCCCAGUACGAGGACAUUGCCAACCGCAGCCGCACAGAAGCCGAGUCCUGGUACCAGACCAAGUAUGAAGAGCUGCAGCAGACUGCGGGCCGGCAUGGCGAUGAUCUCCGCAACACCAAGCAUGAGAUCUCCGAGAUGAACAGGAUGAUCCAGAGGCUGAGAGCCGAGAUCGACAACGUCAAGAAGCAGUGCGCCAACCUGCAGAACGCCAUCGCCGAUGCUGAGCAGCGUGGGGAGCUGGCCCUCAAGGACGCCAGGAACAAGCUGGCCGAGCUGGAGGAGGCCCUGCAGAAGGCCAAGCAGGACAUGGCCCGGCUGCUGAGGGAGUACCAGGAGCUCAUGAACACUAAGCUGGCCCUGGACGUGGAGAUCGCCACCUACAGGAAGCUGCUGGAGGGCGAGGAGUGCAGACUGAGUGGCGAAGGAGUUGGACCAGUCAACAUCUCUUUUGUCACAAACACCGUCUCCUCUGGCUACGGUGGUGGCGGUGGCUUCGGCGGCAGCCUUGGCGGCGGCCUCGGGGGCGGCCUCGGCGGCGGCCUCGGCGGUGGCCUUGGCGGUGGCCUCGGCGGAGGUCUGGGCGGUGGUCUUGGUGGAGGUGGAGGCGGUGGCAGCAGCAGCUUGUACUCCAGUAGCAGCGGCGGGGGCGUCGCCCUAGGAGGUGGGCUCAGUGUGGGGGGCUCCAGCUUCAGUGGGAGCAGCGGCCGAGGCCUGAGCUUUGGCACUGGUGGGGGCAGCGGCUCCAGUGUCAAAUUCGUCUCCACCACCUCCUCCUCCCGGAAGAGCUUCAAGAGCUAAGAGCCUGCAGUAAUUCACUGCCUCCCAAGUGCAGCAGCCGGCCGUGGCAACAGCCUCUUCCAGGUGGUGGCCCAAGCCAAGUUUCCUCUUUUGCUGGAGUCUAGUCAGAAAAACCAAGCCUAUCGCAGACCCACAUCCUUUGGUUCCUGAAAGGCCCAACCCCCCAGUCUCUAGCCUGCUGUGUCCUGAUUCUAUGCUCUGCUUCCAAUUAGCCUUCGGGUCUCUACAGUCUGGUCCUCGGUGACAGAAGAAUCCAAUGUUUUCCAGUAUCUGAACCAUCAAAACAGAGUCCCCACCCCCAUCCCACCUGGUCUGACUAUCUCCAGAGUGUGUUCAAUAAAAGGCUUUUAUAAGAUAA